GUUCCGAUGGGCGGGGUCACACAGCGGGCAAGAUGGCGGCGGUGAGUGCUGAUCCUGACUGGGAGCGGUGGUGAGACCGGCGAUUUCCAGCAGUCGGGCGAUGAGCUGGAAAGGGAGGAACAACUCGGGCCGGUGACACUUUCACAAGCACAGUACAUAAAGCAGAGCCUGCCGGCUUUGAAUCAAAAGACAGCUCAAAAUGGAACAUAAGAAGAAUGAGAGUUUUGUCCCGACCAUUACCGAACUGGAAGGAUUUCUCACUGAACACAACUCCAAUGUUGUCUGGUUACUUGUGGCUACCAUCUUGUCCUGUGGAUGGAUAAUCUAUCUAACUUACUACAACUCACGGAAUGUUGGUCUUAUUCUAACACUGGUGCUGAAUAGAUUGUACAAACAUGGAUACAUACACAUUGGGUCGUUUUCUUUCUCCGUCCUUUCUGGAAAGAUCAUGUUGCGUGAAAUCUAUUAUAUUACUGAAGACAUGUCAAUCAGGAUACAAGAUGGCUUCAUCAUUUUUCGUUGGUGGAAAAUGUACAACCCAAAGCAAAAACAACACGAUCCAAAAGCAGAAACAAGACUUUACAUUACAGUCAAUGACUUUGAGUUCCAUGUUUACAACCGCUCAGAUCUUUAUGGCCACCUCCAAGAAGUUUUUGGGUUAGAUCCAACAAUAUUUCCUCCUCGGAAAGAAGACGAUAAGGUUCGAGAGAAUGGAAGAGAAAAGGCACAGUCUGAACUUGAGCGAAUAAAAAGCAAAACAGAGUCUCCCGACCCAUCAUCAUCUUGGCGGUCUCUAAUACCAGUUAUCAAAGUCAACAUCAGCACUGGACGUUUGGCAUUUGGAAAUCAUUACCAGCCGCAAACUUUGUGUGUGAAUUUCGAUGAUGCAUUCCUUACAUAUGCAACAAAGCCUCCAUCAAGUCAUCUAGAUCAGUUCAUGCAUAUAUUGAAAGGCAAAUUGGAGAAUGUGAGAGUCAUGCUCGUCCCCAGCCCCAGAUAUGUAGGCCUACAAAAUGAUGAACCUCCUAGGCUCAUGGGAGAAGGUUUCGUGGUUAUGCAAUCUAAUGAUGUUGACAUCUACUACUACAUGGAUGAACCAGGGCUUGUUCCAGAGGAUCCAGGAGAAAAUAUUGAGGAAGAAUCUAAUUCAGAAGAUGCAAAGUUACAAGACCUACCUCCUUGCUGGGGCUUAGACAUUGUAUGUGGAAAAGGAACAGACUUCAACUAUGGACCUUGGGCUGAUCGGCAAAGAGAAUGUUUGUGGAAAUUCUUCUUUCCUCCGGAUUAUCAAAUGAUGAAAGUUUCAGAAAUUGCCCAGCCUGGAAAACUGAGACAAAUUCAGGCCUUUGAAUUAAGGAUGAACAUAAUUGCAAAUGCGACCAUUGACCUCCUUUUUACCAAAAACAGGGAAACAAAUGCCGUUCAUGUAAAUGUGUGGGCAGGAUCUUAUUUGGAAGUGAAUAUCCCUAUGACAGUUUCGGAAAAUGGCUAUUCUCCAACUAUUAAGGGUCAGCUGUUACAUGUUGACACUACAACAAGCAUGCAGUUCCGGACUCUCCUAGAAGCAGAAAUGAUAGCUUUUCAUAUAAACGCCAGCUAUCCUCGGAUCUGGAAUAUGCCCCAAACAUGGCAAUGUGAACUAGAGGUUUACAAGACAACCUAUCACUUUAUCUUUGCACAGAAGAACUUCUUCACGGAUCUGAUUCAGGAUUGGUCAAGUGACAGUGCACCCGAUCUGUUCUCUUUUGUUCCUUAUACCUGGAAUUUAAAGAUAAUGUUUCAUCAAUUUGAAAUGAUCUGGGCAGCUAACCAACACAACUGGAUAGAUUGCUCAACCAAGCAGCAGGAAAAUGUGUAUCUUGCAGCCUGCGGAGAAACAUUAAACAUUGAUUUUGCUCUCCCAUUUACUGACUUUGUACCUACUACAUGCAAUACAAGAUUUUCUCUUCGGGGAGGCGAUGUUGACCUUCAUUUGUACCUCCCAGACUGCCAUCCCAGUAAAUACUCACUUCUUACCUUGAUGAAAGACUGCCAUCUGAACAAAAACAGCCCUGAUUCGUGCAAUCCAGCUGAAAACCACAGUGCUCAAAAAACUUGCAAACCAAAAUGGAGAAACGUGACAAAGUCAGGUGCUAGUUGGAUUGAAUGCUGGACAGUUCCUUCUGUGGUGCUAAACAUUGAUUAUACCUGGCAUCCAAUCUAUCCUCAAAAGGCAGAUGAACAGCUCAAACAGUCAUUGUCAGAAAUAGAGGAAUCUAUGCUGUCCAUGUUGAGGCCAUGUCAAAGAACAUCAGACAGAGUAUCAACUCCCACAGCUUCCAGCAGGCCUAUGGUGGAUCCCUCAGAGCUGCCACCAGACAAACUGCAUGUAGAACUGGAGCUUUCUCCUGACUCCCAAGUUAUUUUCUAUGGACCUUUGCUCAAGGCAUUUGUUUCAAUAAAGGAAAACUACUUUGGAGAGGACGAUAUGUACACAGAUUUUGAAGAAGUUAUCUCCAGUCCAGUGCUCUCAUUGUCCACUUCUUCCAGCUCUGGAUGGACUGCAGUGGGAAUGGAAAAUGACAAGAAAGACCAUGAUCCAACAUCUAAAUCUGUCCAUAUACUUGCUCUGCGACCAUGGGACAUCACUGUAUUGGUUAAUUUGUUCAAGAUCCAUGCAAAGCUUCCAGUGCACGGUGGCAAUGAUGGACCUGAGUGCCCAACUGUUUUUCUGGAGAGACUUUGCUUUGAGAUGAAAAAAACAUACAGAGAGACAUUUCUUCAGCUUGUGCUUUCCCCUUUACACAUAUUUGUAAAUGACAACUACCAGCGGCCAACAAUGGAUGGAAUGCUUCGAGAAGGCCACAUCAGCCUGUCUGGUUGUCAGCUCCGAGCACAUGCAAUGUUUUCUGCAGAAGGACUACCUCUGGGCACAGAUAUCCUGGAGUAUGCAUGGCUGAUAGACGUGCAGGCUGGUUCUCUCACAGCAAUGGUCACUACUCCACAGCUGGCGUGCUUGCUGGACUGGGGGCAGACCUUUGUAUUCCACGUCAUGUGCAAUGAGUUCCAGCUGGAGAGGCCAAAAUCUGUGGUAAUAUGCCAGCACGGUAUCGACCGGCGAAUUUGUGAUUCAAAGCUGAGUUGUCAUCCUGGACCAUGCCUCCCUGCAGAUGACCUAAAAUACAGGAUGACGCGUUUGGCAGUUGAUGGAGCAGAUCUCUACAUUGUGGAACACGGAUGUGCUACAAAUAUUAAGAUGGGUGCUAUCCGACUUGCAAAUUGCAACCUCCAUAACCAGGCUGUGGGUGAGGGCAUUAGCGCAGCCAUCCAGGAUCUGCAACUGAGACAAUACAUUGAGCAGAUGGACAGCAGCAGACUGGGGCUUCAGCCUACAGUUUUGCGCAGAGCAUACUGGCUGGAAACAGGAUCUCUUAGUUUAGGGCUCAUCACAGCUGAUAUAGCCCUGGCUGCAGAUCAUUCUUCCAAGCAUGAGGUUCAAAGGCAGUUUUUGGAAACACAUGAUAAUAGAACCAAACGGCUUUGGUUCCUGUGGCCUGAUGAUGCUGUGAAAAACAAAAGAAGCCGUAAUAAGUGUGGCUGCCUGGGAGGCUGCAGGUUCUUUGGUGGUACAGCAACAGGUCUAGAUUUUUUCCGAUUGGAAGAGCUGACUCCUUCAAGCAGCUCAGCCUACUCCAACAUGAGUUCAGAGUCGGACAUGUUUUAUGGGCAGUCCUUGCUGCAGCCUAGUGAAUGGAUAAUAACCAAGGAAGCUCCAAAAGUAGAAGGUAAGAAUAAUGGCAUCAGAAAGAAAGAGUGGGACCCGAGGUCUGUGUCAAUAGAGACUGAGAAGAAAGCCCAGCAUCUGAGUCUGCAGGUCCCAUUGCGUUCUCACAGUUCAUCAUCGUCUGAGGAGAAUAGUAGCUGCAGUGCUGCUCUUCCUCUACUGGCUGGGGAAAAGGACAGUCCUCCUUCUGUCAAUGAGGAAUCUAUUGGACAAAUCGAAUUCCCACCUAGAGCGAAGUCACAGGAAUCCCAUGGAAGUGUUCCAGUUGAAGCUUCAGCAAGCAGUCCUGUAUCCCCAAUCUCUCAGGAUAAAGUUGUCCAUUCUCCUCUCCGAUCUCCUCUAAAGCGUCAGGCAUCUGUAUGUUCGACUCGUCUUGGAAGCACAAAAAGUCUCUCUGCUGCUUUCUAUGGAGACAAGCCACCUGUCCCUGUUGGAGUUCAGUUCAGUAGUGAUGUCUCCCGUAGUGAUGAAAAUGUUCUGGACUCUCCAAAACAGAGGAGAAGCUUUGGGUCCUUUCCAUACACUCCAUCUGCAGAUUCAACUUCAUUCCACCAAUAUCGUUCAAUGGACUCUAGUAUGUCUAUGGCUGAUAGUGAAGCUUACUUUUCUGCUGCAGAAGAGUUUGAACCUAUCAGCAGUGACGAAGGCCCAGGAACGUAUCCAGGGAGAAAAAGACGGAAAAAACAAACACAGACAAUUGAUUACAGUAGGGGCUCAAUUUAUCACAGCGUUGAAGGUCCUUUGACUGGAACAACUCAAGGAGAAACUAGACUAGACCCAAGGACGCUGCCAAUCAGAACUCAUGCAUCUCAAGCCUCAUUUGUUUCUGCUUUGGGAGGGGAAGAAGAAACUCUUGAACAUUUAUAUGCUAUGGAGGCUGAAAAACCUGCCGAAAAUGAACAAAAUGAUCAGCAGCCCUUAAUGUCCUGCUAUCAGAAUUAUUUGAGCCAAUUCCAGGUUUUCAAUUGGUCAGUAAAACACCCAACUAAUAAACGGACUUCGAAAUCUUCAUUGCAUCGUCCUCUGGACCUUGACACUCCAACCAGUGAAGAGAGUUCCACGUCAUAUGACCAGCUUUGUGUUCCCACCUUCAAGGUUGUAAAACAAGGCCUUUCAGCAAACGCUUUGCUUGAUCGAGGGAUGCAACUUAUGGGGUCCUGCUCCAGCACACCAUACACUCCCUUGGAGAAGAAAUCUGUUGAGAAUACAGAUGAUGAGACACUAACAGAAGAGUGGACCAUGGACCAACCUCUUUCGCAUACACGGACAACAGCAAUAGUGGAAGUGAAGGGAACCGUGGAUGUGGUCCUCAGCCCUCUGGUAGCAGAAGCCUUAGACAGGUACAUAGAGGCAAUGGUGCAUUUUACCAGUACUCGACAUCCAGCUACAAUUGUAGAUGACUUGCAUGCAAAGGUGCUAGCUGAAGCCGUGCAGAAUAGCAAGACUGCUUUCUCAGAAAAUGCUUCUAAGCAGGAUAAUAAAUUAUCCAAGCCAGAAAAUCCUGUUACUGGAGGCACAAACACAGGACAGACUCAAACUAAGCCUGUGCUAAAACAGGAUAAUGUGAAAAUAAAAGGGCUUCAAGCUAAUGUUACAGUGCCCAAGGUGAAUUUGUGUCUGUUGCAAGCAUCUGUGGAGGGAACUUCUAACAACUCUUUAAAUAAAAGUGUGACCCAUGUCUCUUUAAUUGCGCUUUGCUUUGAUAGAAUUGCAACUCAAGUCCGUAUGAAUAGAGGAGUGGUAGAAGAAACUCCAAAUAAUGCCGACCCUAGCAGACCAUCAGUAAACUUUGAGAAGUAUGCUAAUGCCAGUAAGAUGCAACCACAGUCCUCUGGAUCUUUGAGGUCAAAUGCAGGAGCUGAGAAGGGAAAAGAGAUAGCUGCCAAGUUAAACAUUCAUCGUGUUCAUGGUCAACUCAGAGGACUUGAUACAUCAGAUAUUGGGACAUGUGCAAUCACCACUAUACCCUUCGAGAAAUCAAAGGUUCUUUUCACUCUGGAGGAAUUAGAUGAUUUCACGUUCGUAGAUGAAACAGAGCAGCCACCAGCUACUGACGUCACAAAAAUUGGGCCAAGCCAAGAGAAGUGGGGCUGGAUAAUGUUUGAAUGUGGAAUUGAAAAUCUGACUAUUAAAGGUGGGAGGCAGUCGGGGGCCAUAUUAUACAAUUCUUUUGGCAUGAUGGGAAAAUCUAACACCACUGAACACAGCGGACUGCUAAAAUCUAAUGACUCUUCAGAUUCACCAACUGGCAGUGGCUACAGUACUGAUGUGUCUGAUGAUAAUAUUCCGUGUGAUGGCAUGAGUCCAUCAUCAGACAUUAAUGGAAACUCUGUAUCUGAUGAGCAGGAUGAAGGUGUUGAAUCUGAUGACCUAAAGAAAGAUCUUCCAUUAAUGCCACCUCCUCCAGAUUCAAGUAGUAUGAAGCUUACUAUUAAGGAGAUUUGGUUCAGUUUUGCAGCUCCCACAAAUGUCCGAUCUCCAGCUCUUACUUUCUCCAGGCAAUUGAACCUCCUUAGUACCGCAACUCCAGCAGUCGGUGCGUGGCUGGUUCCUAUAGACCAGCUGAAAUCAUCCUUAAACAAACUGGAGACUGAAGGAACUUUGAGAGUUUGUGCAGUAAUGGGGUGCAUUAUGACUGAAGCUUUAGAGAAUAAAAGCCUUCACUUUCCAUUAAGGAGUAAAUACAACAGACUCACUAAGCAAGCAUGGUUUGUGCAAGAAAACCCAUCCUGCCUUCUGUGUAACUUGCUCCAUCACUACUUACAUCAAGCAAAUUACUCGGUCAUUGAAGACGCUACUUUGAGUGAUGGUCUCCCUGCACUGGUAACAUUGAAAAAAGGACUUGUCGCUCUGGCAAGGCAGUGGAUGAAUUUUAUUGUUGUUACACCAGCAUUCAAAGGCGUGCGGCUGCUUAGGCCAACACAACCACUUAAGACCCAAAGCUCAAUGAGGCAUGAUGAGGAUAAUUUAAACGUGGCAGAAAAUGGAGGUCUACAGAGCGAUACCAGUGCAGACGGCGCAGAGUUUGAAUUUGAUGCAGCUACAAUCAGUGAGCAUACCAUGCUGCUAGAGGGGUCAAAUACCCGCCCUCCCCCGACUGGUGUGUCCUCUGGUCCUGUAAGUGGGGCUGAAAUUAUGAGGAAGUUAUCAAAGUCAAACGCACACAGUGAAUCUGCUCUGAAAAUUAAAGGAGUACAUCCAUACCAGUCUCUGAGUUACACCAGUGGAGAUACAGCAAAUGAUUCUCCUGCCCACGUGAGUCGCCCUGGAAUGCCAGUUAAAGAAAGUCCCAGGAAAGAAAGCCUCCUGAGUUACCUGACUGGGAGCUUUCCCAGUCUACACAAUCUCCUAGAAGGCACACCUCAACGGAAUGCUGUUACUGCUAAAAGCAGCUCUCUCACAAGGACAGGGAAUCCUGUGGCCACAGAAAUGUUAUCAGAACACCCUUUGUUGUCUGAACCAUCCUCUGUGAGCUUCUAUAACUGGAUGUCUAAUGCAGUGGGUAAUAGAGGCAUUGUGGUACAAGAGUCUCCCAUGAUCAAGUCUGGACACAACAGCCUUCCAACAGGUACUGUGCAUAAUCUACCUACAAUUCCAUCUGCAUCAGACUUCAACACUGUACUGUCCAGUGAACAGAACACCCUGGAUGGGACCCAUUCUCAGCACAGUAGUAGCCAAGAGGAUAUAGCAGGAAUUGAAGAGGGAAAUCCGGGUUUUCCUGCAGUUCAGCUUGCAGAUGCACAGGUGGUGUUUAAACCUCUACUGAGCCAUACCGGAAUCCAAGCUCAAGAUGUUGUUCCUCUCAGCUACAGAAUGUAUUUUGGGGAACAUCUGUCUUUCUCUGGCACAUUGGAUUGUCUUAGAGCUGACAUUGUUGAUUCAGACACAUCAAAAGAGAGGAGAAGUAAAAGAGCCAGAAGACAAGGAGCCAUUAAUGUUCCUCCACUUGAAUUUAAACCAGCUUUGAUGUUGGAAACAUUUAGUAUUAAUGCAGUCAUAAUGGAGAAGUCAAUGUGCACACCACAAAACUCCACCAGUGCGCUAUCUUUCCAUGAUCUGAGCAAGCGAUACUACAACACCUUUCACUGCAAUUUCACCGUCUCUUGUCAGUCAAUAAGUCAGCACGUAGACAUGGCAUUAGUCCGUUUAAUACAUCAAUUCAGCACAAUGAUUGAUGACAUAAAGGCAACUCAAACGGACAUAAAACUUAGCAGGUAUACAGCUGGAUCAGCAUCUCCAACACCUACCUUUAAAACAAGAAAGCACAGAGAUUUCCGUUCCUCGGAUUUCAGCCGUAGUUCUCGGGGAAGUUUGAAUGGAGGUGGAAGAGUAAAUAAUAUGAAGAACAAGAGAGCCAACAAUGAAAACAGUAAAAAGGAGUCUCGGAACAAGAAUUCCCUUGGGAGAUCAGAAAGACGAACAUCUAAGGUUUCUCGCAAGGGUUCUAAAGAUGCAGUAGACCACAUGGCCAUUCAUAUGGAUGACUCUGAUUCCAUAACUGUUUCUGAACAAAGUGAGCCGUCUGCAGAGUGCUGGCAGAACAUGUAUAAAUUGCUAAACUUCUACUCUCUUAUAUCUGAUCCAACUGGCUUUCUGGAAAAAUCAUCAGAACCAUUUGGCCCUACAGGUGGUAGGAGUCCUCCAGAGCCUGUGUGCAAGGUGGUGUUUGAGAAUGAACAGGAUAGCAACAGCCUGAACAGAAAUCAGAGAAAACGCAGCCUUGUGGUGACGGAGCCACAACACGUGACCCUGAUAGUGUUUGGAAUUGGCAUGGUAAAUCGCACUCAUCUAGAAGCUGAUAUCGGUGGACUUACUAUGGAGUCUGAGCUCAAGAGGAUACAUGGAAGUUUUACUCUAAAAGAAAAAAUGAAAGAUGUUUUGCACCAAAAAAUGACUGAAACUUGCGCAACAGCCCAUAUCGGAGGUGUAAAUAUUGUUCUUCUGGAAGGCAUUACUCCAAAUAUUCAACUGGAGGAUUUCCCCACAUCUCCAACAAGCACAGCAAAACAAGAGUUUCUGACUGUGGUAAAAUGCAGCAUUGCCAAAUCUCAGGCUCUCUACAGUGCCCAGAGGGGCUUAAAGACGAGCAAUGCAGCAGUGUUCAAAGUUGGAGCCAUUAGCAUCAACAUACCUCAGCAUCCAGCUACUCUGCACAGUAUGAUGGUUCGAAGCUCACAUCAACUCUCAAAGCAGAUCUCAGACCUCAUCAGGCAGCCAUCUACAGUGGUGCCACCUCCAAGAGAGGACAUUGCAACUCCAUUGCUGUCUGAAAAGACUCCUACAAGUGUGAAUCAAACUCCUAUUGAGACCAAUGAGUUUCCCCAGCUUCCUGAAGGCCUUGAAAAGAAACCCAUUGUCUUGAAGUUCAGUGCUAUGUUGGAUGGAAUUGCCAUUGGAGCAGCACUGCUGCCAUCUCUAAAAGCAGAAUACAAGAUGGGAAGGAUGAAAAGCCAUGGAAUGACUGGUGCCCAGACAAGGUUUACAUUUGAGUUGCCAAACCACCGAUUAAGAUUUACUUCAAAAGUCUCCUCAACAGACAUGUCAACAAUUCCCCCCUCAGCCAGCCUUAACCUUCCUCCUGUCACCAUGUCUGGAAAAUACAUCAUGGAAGAGCAUGAUAAUUGUUCAGACCAGGCAUGGAGUAUGGAUGACCUUGUUACAAAGCAGGGUUACUAUCUACAGGGAAACUACCUGCGUUGUGUUGCUGAGGUUGGGUCAUUUGAACAUAAUCUAACUACUGAUCUACUAAACCACUUGGUAUUUGUCCAGAAAGUCUUUAUGAAGGAGGUCAAUGAAGUUAUACAGAAAGUUUCAGGUGGGGAGCAGCCAAUUCCUCUUUGGAAUGAACAUGAUGGCACAACAGAUGGAGACAAACCCAAAGCUCUUCUUUAUUCCUUAAGCCUGAGAUUUAAGGGAAUCCAAGUGACAGCUACAACUCCAUCCAUGAGAGCCGUCAGAUUUGAGACUGGACUGAUAGAAUUGGAACUCUCUAAUAGAGUCCAAACGAAAGCAAUGCCUAGUAGCAGCAGCAGCUAUCUGAAACUUUUUGGAAAAUGUCAAGUCGAUUUGAACUUGGCUCUUGGGCAGAUCGUAAAACAUCAGGUUUAUGAAGAGGCGGGAUCUGAUUUUCACCAAGUGGCUUAUUUUAAAACCAGACUCGGUUUGCGUAACGCUCUCCAGGAAGAAAUCAGUGGCUCGUCCGGCAGGGAGGCUGUACUCAUUACUCUGAGCAGGCCCAUCGUCUAUGCACAGCCUGUAGCCUUUGACAGAGCUGUGCUGUUUUGGCUAAACUACAAGGCAGCUUAUGAUAACUGGAAUGAGCAGAGGCUGGCAUUAAACAAAGAUAUCCACAUGGCUACAAAGGAAGUGGUUGACAUGCUUCCCGGUAUCCAGCAAACCUCUGCCCAGGCUCUUGGGACCCUUUUCCUACAGCUUACUGUGAAUGACCUGGGUAUAUGUUUGCCAAUAACCAAUACUCUCCAGGCUAACCACACUGCUGAUUUUGAUACUGGUUCUGCUUUAGUACUGACCAUUGAGAGUACUUUGAUCACUGCCUGCUCAUCUGAGUCUCUAGUAAGCAAGGGCCACUUCAAGAACUUCUGUAUACGCUUUGCUGAUGGAUUUGAAACCACCUGGGAUGAUUGGAAGCCGGAAGUGAGGACCGAUCUCGUCAUGAAUGCCUGUGUAGUUCCAGAUGGAACAUAUGAAGUGUGCUCUAGAACAACAGGACAGGCUUCUGCAGAAAGCAGCAGUGCAGGAACAUGGACACUCAAUGUGUUAUGGAAGAUGUGUGGUAUUGAUGUACACAUGGACCCUAAUAUAGGGAAAAGGCUUAAUGCCCUGGGUAAUACUCUAACCACACUCACUGGGGAAGAAGAUAUAGAUGACAUUGCUGACUUGAACUCUGUAAACAUGGCUGACAUUUCAGAUGAGGAUGAAGUUGACAGCAUGUCUCCCACUGUCCAUGCAAGUUCAGAAGCAGUUUUUGUAAAUGGAGAAGGACCCAAGCCCACCUUUGGUCAGAGGCUUGUAAAUCAUCUACUUGGCUUGAAGCCCAAACGUCAGCGUUACUCAGUCCCUGCCGAGUAUCUUACUGGUUCAGAAAUGUUUGACUCUCGUUCCUCUGUCAGGUCCCAUGCCACCGCAAGCAGGUCACGCUCUUGGGCAAAUGAGACUAUGGACUACAGGCGCACAGGGCCACUUGGAAGCCAGAGUGUUGACCCCAGAGGAAGGAAAUUUGUAAAGCGUCUUGUUGAUAUAAGAGAACUCAAUGAACAAGCUAAAGUGAUUGAUGAUCUCAAGAAACUUGGAGCAAGCGAAGGAACCAUCAAUCAGGAAAUUCAACGUUAUCAGCACCUGGAAUCUGUAGCUGUGAAUGAUAUUCGGAGGGACGUGCGUAAAAAGCUGCGCAGAUCUAGCAUGAGAGCAGCUUCCUUAAAGGAUAAGUGGGGCCUGGGAUAUAAACCAAGCUACAACCGUUCCAAAAGUAUUACUGCCACAGGACGACCACCACUGAAGCGCACAGAGAGAGCCAGUUCAAGGUUAGAUGGCGAAGAACUUCCUGAAAUACGGAUCGAGGCAGCUUCUCCUGCUGGUCCUAGAGUCACUUUCAACAUUCAGGACAGUUUGAAUAACACAGUUUUAGGAUUAAAUCGUCUAUCUGGCUCUUCUUGGGAGGAAGGGUACUUCCAGUUCCCGGAGGAAGCAGAUGGUGAUCUUUUACCACAUACAAUCGAUGGUCCAUCCCAUUACUCAUCCAUUAGUGAAGGUUCACAUUCUGUGUUCAGUUCCCCUAGAACCCCACAAGUCUUUUCACCAAGCAUUCCCUUCCAGACUGAAGAGGGCAAGAGAGAAGACAGUUCCUCCUCAUCCUCAGAUGAUUCAGAGAAGGAGGAAGAGCAUGACAGGGAGAAGCUGUUUAUUUAUCGGAAACCACAACACAGCACUCGUAAAAGAUCUUCAGGUUUUGCCGCAGUCCACCAACUCUUCACAGAACGCUGGCCCACUACACCAUCAAACCGGAAUGUGUCUAAUGCAGCCACUGAACGGAACAUAGACUUUGAGCUUGAUAUUAGAGUGGAAAUUGAUUCUGGGAAAUGUGUUUUACACCCAACAACGCUUCAGCAAGAACAUGACGAUAUUAGCUUAAGAAGAAGCUAUGACCGGAGUUCUAGAAGUCUUGAUCAAGAUUCUCCUUCUAAAAAGAAAAAAUUUCAAACUAACUAUGCAUCAACUACUCACUUACUAGCUGGAAAAAAAGUGCCAUCAUCACUGCAAACAAAACCAAGUGACUUGGAAACCACUGUUUUUUAUAUUCCUGGGGUUGAUGUCAAGCUACACUACAAUUCCAAAACUUUAAAGACGGAGUCGCCAAAUGCCUCAAGAGGAUCAUCUUUGCCAAGAACCCUUUCUAAAGAGUCCAAGCUGUAUGGUAUGAAAGAUACUGCCACAUCUCCUAUAUAUAGCUCUGUCCACAGCAAGACUAACACAUUGCUACCUCCCCAGUCCCCACCUAUCCCUUCAGCCAAAGGAAAGGGAAGCGGCGUUAAGACUGCUAAAUUGUAUGCCUGGGUGGCUCUUCAGUCCCUUCCAGAAGAAAUGGUUAUCAGUCCGAACCUGCUGGACUUUCUAGAGAAAGCACUGGAAACCAUUCCAAUAACUCCUAUGGAAAGGAAUUAUGCAGCAGUGAGCUCUCAGGAUGAAGAUAUUGGACAGUUUGACCUGCAGGACCCACUAGAAGAGUCAACAACUUCGUUAGUUUCUUCAUCAACAUCAGCCUAUUCCUCAUUCCCUGUUGACGUGGUUGUGUAUGUAAGAGUUCAGCCCUCCCAGAUCAAGUUCAGCUGCCUGCCUGUGUCGCGGGUUGAGUGUAUGCUAAAGUUGCCCUCUCUGGAUUUGGUAUUCUCUUCCAACAGGAGUGAACUAGAAACCCUUGCUGGUGCACAUCCCUCUGAUUCUACUUCUGUUAAUCUGUCAAUGCCAAGUGGAUCAAAAGCAAACUUAAACAAAUCUGGAAUGACAGGGCCUUCACCAGGACUUGGCAGCCCACUUGGAAGGACAAGGCACAGCAGUAGUCAGUCAGACCUAACCAGUUCUAGCAGCAACUCUUCAGGCCUUAGUUUUACUGCGUGCAUGUCUGAUUUCUCGUUGUAUGUGUUUCACCCCUAUGGAGCUGGGAAACAGAAAUCUGCAGUCUCUGGUCUCACUCCUGGUUCAAGUGGCCUAGGUAAUGUAGAUGAAGAGCCCACAUCAGUGACAGGCCGUAAAGAUUCCCUCAGUAUUAAUCUAGAGUUUGUCAAAGUAAGUUUGUCCAGGAUGAGACGUUCUGGUGGAGCAUCCUUUUUCGAAAGUGUGUCUGCUACCAAAACUGCAAGCAAAAUGGAUACCACACUUAUCAACAUCUCGGCUGUCUGUGACAUCGGCUCUGCUUCCUUCAAAUAUGACAUGCGUCGCCUUAGUGAAAUAUUGGCCUUCCCAAGGGCAUGGUAUCGGAGAAGCAUUGCUCGACGUCUAUUCCUUGGAGAUCAAACAAUAAAUUUGCCUGUGUCAGGACCUGGAACUCCUGAUUCCGUAGAAGGGGUGAACCAACACCUGUCUCCUGAAUCUUCUCGUAAGGCGUAUUGUAGGACAUGGGAGCAACCUACUCAAUCAACCUCAUUCACACACGUAGGGCAGUCUCCCAAUGUUUUCAGUGAACACAUGCCAAAUAGUAGCAUGUCCCCAGGAGCAGCCACUCACUCUUUGAAAUCUCCAGCUGCGACAAGAUCAAGGAGUGUAUCAGAUUCCUCUGUGCCGCGAAGAGAUUCAGUCACAAAAACUGCAACACAGUCAUUCAGCAAAGCAGCUAAACCUUCCAGCCAGCAAGGGUCUCCAUGGGAAACAUUGGUUGUGUUUGCAAUUAAUUUGAAACAGCUAAAUGUCCAGAUGAAUAUGAGCAAUGUUAUGGGAAACACAACGUGGACCACAAGUGGGCUUAAAAGCCAAGGUCGUCUUUCAGUGGGAAGUAAUCGAGAUAGAGAGAUUGGCAUGUCCGUCGGACUGGGCAGAUCUCAGCUUGACUCUAGAGGUGGAGUUGUUGGUGGAACAAUAGAUGUAAAUACCUUAGAAAUGGUUGCUCAUAUUUCAGAACACCCCAAUCAGCAACCUAGCCACAAAAUCCAGAUUACAAUGGGUUCUACUGAAGCACGUGUUGACUAUAUGGGAUCCAGUAUUCUUAUGGGGAUCUUUAGUAAUGCAGAUCUGAAGUUGCAGGAUGAAUGGAAUGUCAAUCUAUACACUCCACUAGAUACAAGCAUUUCUGAUAAAAGUGUCAUUUUCAUCCAUGGAGACUUGCAGUGGGACAUAUUUCAGGUUAUGAUCUCCAGGUCAACUACUCCAGACCUCAUUAAAAUUGGGAUGAAGUUACAAGAAUUUUUCACUCAACAGUUUGAUACAAGCAAACGUGCUUUGUCCACCUGGGGCCCAGUACCAUAUCUUCCACCAAAGACUGUAGUUACAAAUGUGGAGAAGACCUCACGUGAGCAAUUGCUAGAUGCUGCUCACCAUCGACAUUGGCCUGGAGUGCUCAAGAUAAUAUCAGGAUCUCACUUAUCAUUGUUCCAGAUACCAUUACCAGAAGAUACUGUUCAGUUAGGAGGCUCCAUGAGUCUACAUGGAAACCAUAUGACAUUAGCUUGUUUCCAUGGACCCAAUUUCCGUUCAAAAUCUUGGGCAUUAUUCCACUUAGAAGAGCCAAAUAUUGCUUUUUGGACAGAGGCACAGAAAAUAAUUGAAGAAGGAUCAAACGACCACUCUACAUACAUUGUUCAAACACUAGACUUUCACCUGGGACACAACACAAUGGUCACCAAGCCAUGUGGUGCCUUGGAGAGUCCAAUGGCAACAAUUACGAAAAUAACUCGAAGACGCCAUGAAAACCCACCACAUGGAGUAGCGAGUGUAAAGGAAUGGUUCAACUAUGUCACAGCUAUGAGGAAUGAAGAACUUAACUUGCUUCGGAAUGUUGAUGCAAAUAAUCCAGAGAGCAGCACAGCAGUAAAAAACUCAAGCUUGUUAAGUGGCUUCCAGGGAGGGUCCAGUUAUAACCAUGAAACUGAAACCAUCUUUGCUCUACCAAGGAUGCAGCUCGACUUCAAAUCUAUACAUGUUCAAGAGCCACAGGAACCAACAUUGCAGGAUCUCGACAGCAAACCAAAUGUGGAGUGCAGUGUGGUAACUGAGUUUACUGAUCAUAUCUGCGUGACCAUGGAUGCUGAACUUAUCAUAUUUUUACACGAUCUGGUAUCUGCUUAUCUAAAGGAGAAAGAAAAAGUUAUAUUUCCACCUCGUAUUUUGACAACACGCUCAGGACAGAAAAGCCCAGUAAUACAGAUUGAUAAAAACACUUCUGAUAAGGAAAAAGAGGAGAACACUAAUUACACUUACGUGGACUGGAGGGAAUUUAUGUGCAAUACAUGGCACCUUGAGCCAACACUCAGACUAAUUUCAUGGACUGGAAGAAAAAUUGAUCCAGUGGGAGUUGAUUAUAUUCUUCAAAAGUUAGGAUUUCACCAUGCCAGGACCACUAUACCAAAAUGGCUUCAGCGUGGAGUGAUGGACCCUUUGGAUAAGGUUUUGUCUGUCCUUAUCAAGAAACUUGGUUCUGCUUUGCAGGAUGAAAAAGAAAAAAAAGGAAAGGACAAAGAAGAGCACUGAACACCUGAAAGAAACGAACAAAAUGUCAACCUAGAGACCAAUUACACAAAGUUACAUGUGUUUCUAUUUUACAGUGGAAAUGUCUUAACUGUUGCUCUUGGAUUUGACAGGUCUAACCCCUUUGUAUUUUUAUUUUAUUUUUUUAUCGCUUCCAUCCCUAUGAUUUGUGUUAGGUGCCUUUCUUCUUGUGAUCACUCCACUGGCCCUUUUUUUUUUGUAAAAAUAUUGUAAUGUGGCAUGCAUUUGCAAUCUGCACAUCAGUGAGUGGACCAUGGCCAUUUCUUGCCUUUGCAAAUGGUCUGGUGUCUGAGCUGUACAUUGGAAAACAAGUCUCAGGGAUGAGAGCAGGUUAUAUAAUGAGUUCGGUUUUCUGGUUUACCAUGGUGCUUGCUACCAUUCCACAGUGGAUAAAAGCAAUGCAUGAUUAUGUAUAUUUUGGUCUGCAAAUAGGGUUUCUACACUGUAAUAUCCCCAGGGCUAUUGGCAUCAUUACAUUUUAUUAUGUGCAAUAUGUUUUUGUUUGUUAUAACUGUAAAAUAUUAACUGUGAAUUUUAUUUCCAUUUUGGCUGUUGUUGGUCUUAAUAAACUUGUUGACAAUGUGAA